GUCAGGGUGGAGCUGUGAGAGACAGAUGCAGGGAGAGAGGAAAAGAGGAAAAGAGGAAGGGACACACAGACACAGAGGGAGAGACUGCAGGAGGACACAGAGAAGGAAAGGUUUGCAAGUUGGACUGUUUGGCCUGCUGUACAGAAGAGGCACUGGAGACCUCCAGAUCUAUCAGUGACCAAAGUUUUGUCCAGGCGGACUUUCUGGGUGCAGUCAAUGAGGAUGGCAGUACGGAUGUUGAUGGUGUGUGUUCUGGGUGCUCUCUUUUCUCAGGUGUGGAGCUCUGCAAAACAUCACCACAAUGAGGGAGAAGUGCAGGCUUUGGCCCUUAACCCCUGGAGAAAUCAAGGCAAAGGAGCUUUGAGAGUGAAGCGGGACUGGAUCAUCCCUCAGAUCAGAGUUUCAGAGAACAGCAAGCAGGUUCCUGAAGACCUCGUCCAGAUCAAAUCAGACAAAAUCUUUUCGGGUGAGGUGAUCUACAAGUUAGAGGGGCCAGGGGUGGACCAGGAUCCCAAGAACCUGUUUGAGAUUGACGAUAAAAAAGGAGUAAUCAGAAGCAAGAAACCGCUGGACAGAGAGAAAUACAGCAGCUUUACGCUCAAAGCCUUUGCGCUGUCCCCCAGCGGGGAAAGACUGGAGAACCCCACCACCAUCGAGAUAGUGGUGCUGGACCAGAAUGACAACAGACCUGUUUUUACUAAGAGCCGCUUCGUUGGCACCGUCCCCGAGUUCUCCGUCCCAGGCACAUCAGUCAUGUCAGUGACGGCCACAGAUGUCGAUGACCCACUGACAGAAAAUGCUGCCCUGAGCUACUCCAUCAUUGACCAGGAGAGCGUCCCUGCCAACGCUGUAACCAAGACGAUGUUUGGCAUCAACAAUCAGACCGGCACCAUCUACACCAGAGACGUAGGCCUGGACCGAGAGGUGGUGAAGGCAUUUAUAUUAAAGCUGCAGGUGGCCGAUAUGGGAGGAAUGGGAUUAACCAGUCAGGGUCUGGCAAUCAUAAAUGUGUCUGAUAUCAACAACCAUGCCCCACAGUUCAACCCCACCGUGUACAGCAUGAGAGCAGUCGAGAACUUGUUGUCUGAGAUCGGCCGAGUAAAUGUGACGGACAGAGACGAUCGUGGCACAAAAAACUGGGAAGCAAAAUACUCCAUCGCUGGUGAUCUCGGCCACAAGUUUGCCAUCAGAACGGAUCCUGACACCAACCAGGGAGUCGUGACCGUGAUACAGCCCCUGGAUUAUGAAACACAGAAAGAACACAUCCUGACCGUGACGGUAGAAAACGCCAGUCCUCUGAGCAGAAAGGUGUCCGUCCAGCCCCUGAGCACCGCCACGGUGGUGGUCAAUGUUGUGAAUGAGAAUGAAGCUCCAUAUUUCAGACAGCGCCCGAUACAAAUCCAGACUCUGGAGUCUGCACCUCCUGGGACGAUACUCACCAGCAACAUUGCCUUUGAUCCUGAGGAUUCUGAACUGAGAUAUGAAAUUAUCAAAGAUCCAGAGAGCUGGUUGGAAAUUGACAAAUAUACAGGAGAGAUUACUUUGAGGAAACCAUUCAACAUGAAAUCGCCACAUGUUGAAAACAACAUCUACAACAUUGUUGUCAAGGUUACAGAUGUUGGUGGUGCAUCAACCACUGCUGUAGUGGCCAUCUCACUGAUGGAGACCAACGAUUUCCCCCCUCUGCUCAUUCCUGCGGGUGGCUCCGUAUGCAGGGGAGUCAGCCGCAAGCGCUCUGGACUUUUCCUGACUGCUGUGGAUGAAGACCGUCCUCCACAUGCUGCACCCUUCUCCUUUGAAAUAUUUGAAGAACUGCCAGUCAACUGGACUCUCAGACAAGUCAACGAUACUCAUGCUGUGCUUCAGCCAGCUGUUGAGCUGGAGACGGGAGAGUAUUCAGUCACACUGUUAGUGUCGGACUCUGGCACCCCGAUCCUGGGCAGUAUGGCUCAGAUCAACGUCACCGUGUGUCACUGCGACUCUUUUGGAGAUUGUAAGUCCGAGGCGGGGGCUGUCCUGAGCUCCAGCGUGGGAAUCAGCUUCAUCGCUCUCAUUAUCAUUACAGCCUGUGCUGUACUUCUACUGUUGCUGCUCUUUCUUGCCGUGGGUUUGACGGUCUGUGGAAGACGCCCCCACAUAAAGAAAGGUACAGGUCUGCUUGUUGGGGAAUCAGAAGAUGACAUACGUGACAAUGUCCUCAACUACGACGAGCAAGGAGGGGGUGAGGAGGAUGAGAAUGCCUUUAAUAUUGACCUGCUGUGGAACCCCCACGAUGCACCUUCCACCCCAAGGUCCUUCUACCCGAGUUCUGGUGUUCCUCGAGGCAAGCAGCCCCUGAGGAAAGAUGCCCCACACAACCUGCCCUCUCCCACCUACCCGCGGAGACCUCCUGCAGAUCCCACAGACAUCGAGGACUACAUCAGUGAUGGCCUAGAGGCUGCAGACAACGACCCUAACGUGCCUCCGUACGACACAGCUCUGAUUUAUGACUACGAAGGAGAAGGCUCAGUGGCAGGCAGCCUCAGCUCCAUCGCUUCAGGCAGCUCUGACGGAGAUCAGGACUACGACUACCUCAACGACUGGGGACCACGCUUUAAGAAACUGGCCAAUAUGUAUGACCCGCGUUAACAGCUGGCCAAGCUCACGGAAACAAGCCCUGAGAGCUUCACCUUCAGUUGGGUCAGAGAUCACGCCUCUGGUGGAUUUUCUGAGCACAUUUGCAAAGGUUCCAGUCAAACUCCAGCAGGAGUUUGUAAACCGUUCAGAGGAAUAACAAAUUUGAAACAAAGCUGCGGGCCUUGAGUGGAAUGUAGGAUGUGUUUGAUAACAGAUCAUUGGCACAACUCAAAAGAAAAGUGGCUCAGUGCAAGGUUUUAUGUUUUGCUCAGGAAAAGUGUAGUAGGAAAAUUAUGUGUUCACAUCAUUAGAUUAGAGGAAAGGAGCUGUGCACGCUACAAGGCACAGCCUGUGCCGAACGGUGCCUCCACGUCUGUUCUCGUCUCAGACUUGUGUAGCUCAGUAAUGAUGUCCACAGUCAGCAUAAGAUAUAUGAAAAAUAUUGUAAUGUAUUUCUUUUUUUUUUUACGGGUGACUAUUUUAUAAGAUAAACUUCCUUUCAUAUGAA